AUGACGACCGCCGUCCAGCUCGACAACGACGUCAUCGCCGAGGCUCACCUCGCCGAGGCCGAGGGGGAUCGCAAGUAUGCCCUCCGCGCCGCCGCCGACGACCGCAAGCCAUCCGUCUCUCACCACUCGCUGGCCGAUGUCGCCACCGUCCUCGAUGAAGAGUACGACGGCCGCCCGACGGAUGAGGAAUUUCAGACGCUGCGCCGCGUCUCGGGCAAGAUGCUGUGGAGCAUGUGGACCAUUGCCUUUGUGGAACUCUGCGAGCGCUUCUCCUACUACGGCUCCUCCGUGUUGUACACGAAUUUCAUCAACCGACCCCUGCCACCCGACUCGACCACGGGCGCUCCCGUCCACCCCGGCGACCUCCCCGGUGCGCUUGGCAUGGGCACCAAGGCGGCCCAGGGUCUCGGCCUCUUCAACGUCUUCUUCGCCUACAUCAUGCCCAUUUUCGGCGCCUGGGUCGCCGAUGCGCGUCUGGGUCGCUUUUGGACUCUCCACAUCGCCAUUGGCAUCUCCACCAUUGCCCACGUCAUCCUCGUCAUCGCCGCCUCCCCGGGCGUCAUCUCCAACAACAAGAGCUCCUUUGCCUGCUUCAUCAUCGGCUUGCUGGCCCUCUGCGUCGGAACCGGCUUCUUCAAGGCCAACGUCUCGCCCUUGCUGGCCGAGCAAAACGAAGAUACAAAGCCCCGGGUCGAGGUCCGCAAGGGCGAGCGUGUCAUCGUCGACCCAGCCGUAACCAACACGCGCAUUUUCCUCUACUUUUACCUGUGCAUCAACAUUGGCUCGCUCGCCGGCGAGAUCGGCAUGGUCUACGUCGAAAAGUACCUUGGAUUCUGGGUCGCCUUUCUCAUCCCGACGGCCCUCUUCCUCGUCGCCCCCGUCAUCUUGUGGUCCCAAAAGAAAAACUACAAGCUCAAGCCCCCGACGGGCUCGCUGCUUUCCAAGUUUUUCAAGAUGGUCCUCUUCAUCCGCAAGCACUCGAGUUGGAGGCACUUUUCCUGGGAGGUGGCCAAGCCUUCCAACGUCCCCCUCGACGAGCGCCCCGGUUGGAUGACGUACGACGACGCCUGGGUCGACGAAGUCCGACGUGGCCUCCUCGCCUGCAAGGUCUUCCUCUUCCUUCCCGUCUUCUUCCUGUCCUACAACCAGAUGACGGGCAACCUGACCAUCCAAGCCGGCACCAUGGAGCUCCACGGCGUGCCCAACGACGUUAUUCAGAACCUCAACCCCAUCUCCAUCGUUAUCAUGAUUCCUAUCAUCGACCACCUUCUAUACCCCGGCCUGCGCAAGCUUGGCAUUGCCUUUACUCCUAUUAAACGCAUGACCUUUGGCUUCUUCAUCGCCGCCCUGUCCAUGGUCGCCUCGGCCGUCAUGCAGUACUAUAUUUACGAGGAGAGCCCCUGCGGCUGGUACGCCAACAAGCUCAUCGUUGUCGAUGGCGUCGAAAAGGCCUGUCCUCCGGCGCCCAUCAACGUCUGGGCCCAGAGCUUGCCGUACAUCUUUAUCGGUAUUGCCGAGAUUUUUACAAACGUCACCUCGUACGAGUACGCAUUCUCCAAGGCGCCCGAGAAUAUGAAGUCGCUUGUCAUGAGCGUAAACCUUUUCAUGAGCGCCAUAUCCGCUGCCAUCGGCCAGGCCUUUACGCCUCUCUCCGCCGACCCCCUGCUCAUUUGGAACUAUACCGUGGUUGCCUGCAUUGCCUUCAUCGGAGGCGGCGCCUUUUGGAUUUGCUUCCGCCAUCUCGAUUCCGACGAAGACAAGUGGAACAUGCUCAAGAAGUCCGAGUUUGUGGGAAAGAAGCAGCCUGGUCUUGGCAAGGAAUUCGAUGGCGAGGUAUAG